AUGGCAGACCCAGCCAUCUACGACUUCCUCAACCAGCCACCGCCCUCUUCCUCCUCCGCUUCUAAACCCAUCAGAAGGUCCCAAGCUCAAGUGGGUGGUGGCUCGUCUCAUCGCCUCUUCUACUGCCAAUACUGUCCUCGCAAGUUCUACACUUCCCAAGCUCUCGGCGGCCACCAGAACGCCCACAAGCGCGAACGAGCCGCCGCACGCGGACGGAGCUUAUCCGCCGAGCGUUUGGCCCGUCUGCAACUCGACCCACCUCAUCAUCAUCAUCAUGCCGACCACUCAUCAGGCCCUCCACUCCUCGACCGUUAUUGGCUCGACCACCACCACCACCACGCAAUACCCUCCUCGGCGGUUCACGGCCACCACUAUGGCUCGAGCUCCUCUCAUGUUCAUCAUCAUCAUCAUGCUGAUCCUCUUGGUUUUCACGGUGGCUCCACGCCUGAAUCUCUCUCCCCACCAACCACCGAUGCUGCUGCUGCUCAUCAUGACCUCGUAAACCUUGACCUUUCUCUUCACUUGUGA